CGGAAUUAUCACAUGUGGCCGUUGCUGUAGCGCGCAGCGUAGGGCAUCUGUCAAAAUCUGGUUUUGUUAUUGUUAUUGUCACUUCCUUCCCUUCCCAGCCGUUCCCUUACUUCCAGCUCACCGCAAUAACAACACCCCGUAUGCGGGUGCCUGUUUUGACAGGUUCGCGGGGUGUUUGGUGGUGAAGCAAAAACAGUGAAAAAUACCGGCAAACGGUACAACACGGCAGGGAGACGACAGCAGCAUGCACCACUGAAAAAGAAGCAGCAUCCGCGUGGUAACUUUUUAUAGUAUUGUUUUUCGAAUUGCUCAAUCGAAACCACCAUGUGGUGCUGCCGGGCGGUUCGAUACGCCCCGAGUGGAACGGUCCGCCGUACGGCAUCGAGCGAUGCCAGCGCACAGAACGUCUGCCUCAGUCUCGUUAGAAACCACGACAAGGAGAACUUUCUCUGCACGCUGCUGCUGAAGAAUCCGGAGCGGCGCAGCGCGCUGGCCGUGCGCGCCUUCAACGUGGAGGUGGCGAAGGUGAGCGAGAAGGUGUCCGCCGGCAAUGUGGGCGUGAUGCCGCUCAAGUUCUGGGAGAACACCGUCACCACGCUGUACCGGCCGCCGGACGGGGACGCCCGCGCCGUGCCGGACCAUCCCGUCAUCCGCGAGCUGCACCGGGCGGUCCGCGAGCACAAGCUGUCCAAGCGCUACCUGCAGCGGCUGGUGGCGGCGCGGGCCAACUCGAACCUGCACUUCGUCACGGUGAAGCAGCUGGAGGACUACGCGGAGCAGGCGGUGGCGAGCGUGCUCUACCUGCUGCUCGAGGUGCACGGCACGCGCAACGUGCACUGCGACCAUGCCGCGUCCCAUCUCGGCAAGGCGCAGGGCAUCGUGAACCUGCUCCGCUCGAUACCGUACCAGACGCGCCGCAGCGCGGUGCCGAUCCCGCAGGAGCUGCUGAUGGCGCACGGCGUCAACCAGGAGCGGAUGGUGCGCAACCGGCCGGACGACAAGGGCGUGGAGGAGGUGACGUUUGCGCUGGCCAGCGUCGCCUUCCGCCAUCUCGAGACGGCCAAGGGGCUGAUCCGGACGGUGCCGCGCCCGGUUCGGCCCAUCUUUCUCCCCUGCGUCAGCAUCGAGCGGUACCUGCACCGGUUGCGGCUCGCCAGCUUUCACCUGACGGACGCGAGCGUGAUGCGCACCGAUUCGCUGCUGCCGCUCGUGCUGUACUGGCGCAAGCUGCGCGGGAACUACUGAGCCCGGAGGGGGGCCGCGUCAUACAUUUGUUGGUUAGUUGUGUAGAAUAAAUUAAGUAAAGGAAGCAAUAACAAACAACAAAAAA